CAGCUUUCUGUUUUAUCAGAUCAUUAAUUUGAUAUGCUUAUCGAUUACUUGUAAGUGCACCAUCAAUUGGUUUGAUUCUAAUAUCAACAGUGAUUUUAUAAACCUUAUAUUUUUAUUUUAUACUACACAAGGUGUUUGUUAGGAAAAGCUUGACUGAUUUCUAAAAUGGCACUGAAAGCCGUGGCAGUUCUGGUUGGGGAUCCAAACGUCAGGGGAACUAUUCACUUCGAUCAAGCGGGUGUUGGGGCACCAGUCAGAGUGAAGGGAGAACUGCUGGGACUCUCCCCAGGCAAUCAUGGCUUCCACAUCCACGAGUUCGGGGACAAUACCGAUGGUUGCCUCAGCGCGGGUGAUCACUUCAACCCUGAGAAAAAGGAACAUGGAGCUCCAGAAGACAUAAAUAGACAUGUGGGUGACCUUGGGAACGUUGCCAGUCAUCAGGGAGUGGCCAAAGUGGACAUCACAGACCACAAAAUAUCACUGGUUGGGUCACACAGUGUCAUAGGUCGAACUGUCAUCAUUCAUGCCGACCCUGAUGACCUGGGCCGAGGAGGUCAUGAAACCAGCAAGUCCACCGGCAACGCGGGGAAACGACUCGCUUGUGGUGUUAUCGGUAUUACAACGGCCAAAAGCUAGGAGUAAUUCCAAGAUCUUGAAUAACACUUUUAAAAUAAUUAAAUAUAGAUUAAAAAAUUAUAAUACAUAUUGAUACUGACUUAUUAUAAGUAAAAAAAAUGGUAAUAAAACGUAAAAUUUCUUGGCAAUGAAAUUUUAAAAUAUUCGUCGGUUUAUUAAAUACAAUUAACAAAAAUGUAAAGUUCAAAUUAAAGAUAUAUAAGUUUCAAAGAGGAUUGUAAGUAUACAUUACAUUUCAAAUUUCAUUUAGAAUAUGUACUUUAAGAUCUCCCUGGUUUAAGAGUAGAUUUAAUCCUGUAGUGAACAAUUAAUAUCGUGAAGCUGUAUAAAUAUUUAUCAAACUGUAAA